AUGACCACCCAGGUUCCUGUUCUUCACAAGGAGAAGAUCCUUGACUACCAGAACGCCCUCGACAUUGCCAAGAGCGAGUACUCCGAGCGUGAUGGCAUCAAUGUCCAGACCCUCCUCGACUCCAAGAACAACGGUGGUCUGACCUACAACGAUUUCCUGGUCCUCCCUGGUUACAUUGGCUUCUCCGCCAACGAGGUCACCCUCGACUCGCCCGUCACCAAGCGCAUCUCCCUCAAGACUCCCCUCCUCUCCUCGCCCAUGGACACCGUCACCGAGCACAACAUGGCCAUCCACAUGGCUCUGCUCGGUGGUCUUGGUGUCAUCCACCACAACUGCUCUGCCGAAGACCAGGCUGAGAUGGUCCGCAAGGUCAAGCGCUACGAGAACGGUUUCAUCCUCGACCCCGUCGUCAUCUCGCCCGAGACCACCGUCGGCGAGGCCAUUGCCCUCAAGGAGAAGCUUGGUUUCGGUGGUUUCCCCGUCACUGUCAAUCUGUUGUGGAGAAAUAUUUUGGAAUCUGAAAAAUCGCACAAUCCUUCCGGCAAGCUUCGCUCUAAGCUCCUCGGUAUCAUCACUCCUCGUGAUAUCCAGUUCCACGACAACCUGAGAGACUCCGUCAGCAAGGUCAUGUCGACCGAGCUCGUCACUGCUAAGAGCGGCAUUGAGCUCACUGAGGCCAACGCCAUCCUGCAAAAGUCCAANAAGGGCAAGCUUCCCAUCGUUGACGACAACGGCAACCUGAUCUCGCUCGUUUCCCGCUCCGAUUUGAUGAAGAACUUGAACUAUCCUCUCGCCUCCAAGCUCUCAGACUCCAAGCAGCUGAUCGCCGCUGCCGCCAUCGGUACCCGUCCCGACGACAAGGCUCGUCUCCAGAAGCUCGUUGACGCUGGUCUCGACAUUGUCAUCCUCGACUCUUCUCAGGGUAACUCCAUGUACCAGAUUGAGAUGAUCAAGUACAUCAAGAAGACCCACCCCGGUCUUGAUGUCAUUGGUGGCAACGUUGUCACUCGCGAGCAGGCCGCCGGUCUUAUCGCUGCUGGUGUUGACGGUCUCAGAAUUGGUAUGGGCUCCGGCUCUGCCUGCAUCACCCAAGAGGUCAUGGCCGUUGGUCGUCCUCAGGCUGCUUCCGUCCACAGCGUCACCUCUUUCGCUGCCCGCUUCGGUGUUCCUUGCAUUGCUGACGGUGGUAUCCAAAACAUUGGCCACAUCGUCAAGGGUCUUGCUCUCGGUGCCAGCACUGUCAUGAUGGGAGGUCUCCUUGCCGGCACCACCGAGUCGCCCGGUGAGUCCUACGUCUCUCGUGAGGGUCAGCUCGUCAAGGCCUACAGAGGUAUGGGUUCCAUCGACGCCAUGGAGGACAAGAAGGCCGGUGUUGGUUCUACCAACCCCAACGACCCCAAGGCUUCCAACGCCGGUACCGCCCGCUACUUCUCCGAGGGUGACAGACUCCUCGUCGCCCAGGGUGUCUCUGGUUCCGUUCUCGACCGUGGAUCCGUCACCAAGUUCGUUCCUUACCUCAUCUCGGGUGUCCAGCACUCCCUCCAGGACAUUGGUGUCACCAGCUUGACCGCUCUUCGCCAAGGUGUCAUUGACGGCGAGGUGAGAUUCGAGCUCCGUACCGUCUCUGCUCAGGCUGAGGGUAACGUCCACGGUCUUCACAGCUUCGACAAGAAGCUCUACGCUUAG